ACCAGCAGCUGCAGGUCCAAGCCCUGGCUUAGUGCUGAGAAGGUGGCCUUUGUGUGGGACAGGAUGCUUUCAUGGAGCCCUUUAGCCAACUUCUUUUGGGACUUACAGUGCAAAAUAUAUUUUCUACUUGUAGGGAUUUGUUCUGCCUUAAAGUUGACAGUACCAUCUCAUACCAUCCAUGGUAUUGAGGGGCAACCACUUCAUCUUUCUGUUGACUACAAUUUCAGUGCUACAGCUUCUGAAAUCCAGAUAAUUUGGCUUUUUGAGAGGUCUCAAAGUAAUCCAAAAUACUUGCUUGGCUCUGUAAAUCAAAGAGUAGUUCCAGACUUGGAAUACCAGCACAAGUUUACCCUUAUGCCACCAAAUGCAUCUUUGAGGAUUAACCCAUUGCAUCUCAGUGAUGAGGGCAAUUACAUUGUAAAAGUAAAUGUCCGUGGAAAUGGGACCAUAACUGCAAGUCAAAAGAUUCAAGUAGCUGUUGAUGUUCCAGUCACAAAGCCAACUGUACACACUGAACCAUCUUCAGGAGUAGUGGAAUAUGUAGGGAAUAUUACCCUAAAAUGUACUGUGGAUAGAGGUACAAGGGUAGCUUACCAGUGGAUGAAAAAUGGGAAGCGUCUUCAUGCUGGCCCUAAUUAUAUCUUUUCAUCAAACAAUGCUACACUUCUAAUUGUUCCUGCAGUAAAAGAAGAUAUUGGGAAUUACAGCUGUCUGGUAUCUAAUCCUGUCAGUGCAAUGGAAAGUGAGAUAAUUGCACCAACCAUAUAUUAUGGACCUUAUGGACUUAGAGUCAAAUCAGACAAAGGUCUGAACAUAGGGGCAGUGUUUACAGUGGAUGUGGGGGAAGUUGUACUGUUUGACUGCUCAGCAGAUUCAAAUCCACCAAAUACUUAUUCAUGGAUUCAAAGGGAUGACAAUAGCACUCAAGUAAUCAAAUAUGGACCCCAUCUGGAAGUUGUAUCUGAUAAAGUGUCCCAGAAGACAAUGGAUUACAUGUGCUGUGCUUUCAACAAUGUGACUGGAAAACAAGAUGAAACUCACUUCACAGUUGUGGUUAUGUCUGUAGGGUUGGAAAAGCUGGCCCAGAAAGGAAAAUCUUUGUCUUCUCUUGCAGUAAUAACAGGAAUUUCAUUAUUUUUGAUCCUAGCUAUGGCCUUUUUAUUCCUAUGGAAAAUAUAUCAGCCUCAUAAAGUGAUACAACAGAAGCUACAGAGCAGGGCAGAGGCUGAUUACAGAAAGGCACAGGCAUUUUCAGGACAUGAAAGUGCUUUGGAUGAUUUUGGGAUAUAUGAGUUCAUCACAUUUCCAGAUCUUACCAGUGGCUCCAGGGUUUCAAGCCACUCUGUUCCUGGCCCUGACUUUGUCGCAGGCCAGGAUAUGCUAAGUACGGUUUAUGAAGUUAUUCAGCACAUUCCUGAGCAGCCAGAGCAAGACCACCAACAAUGUAUAUGAAGAUACAGGAAGAGGAAAUCAAAGCAUCUGAAAAUGACAAAGUUACUUCUUCUUUAUAAUGUAUUGAAGGAAAUGCCAACAACUUCAAGUGUAGCAAAGGCUUAUGCCAUCUUGUCUUGAAAUAGCAAUUUUUCUUCAGACUGAAAAACUCUUCUCUUGGAGUGGUCCAAAUUGCCCAUUUUUUAAUUUUUUCUUUCUUUUUUUAAGUAAUAAUUCCUCAGAAAAUAGGGAUAUUUAAAUUCUUUUUUUUUCCUUAUCAGUGAAUACAAAAGACAAAGGGCUAUCUUAAAAAUGCACUAUAAAACCUACAACUUUUUUUAAAAACAAUCAGCAGAAGCACAAGAAGGAACCAGGCCCAAGAUGCCAUCCAUGCUUGUUUUAUUUUAAAAAUAGCAAAAAAAUAUCAAACAGAAGGGUUUUCUUAUUUGGGUUGACUUUCACAACAGAAGACCUCCAUACUGGAAUGGAAAGUAAUAAAUGCAGUAUGUCCGAUUGCAAAAUACAUUUGGGGUUAAGAAUAAAGUAAUUCUUUUAAUUCAUUUAAUGUAACAUAAUUUUCAAGCAUAGAAAUGGAUUUGUCAGGCAGUUACAAAAAUGUACAUAUGUAUAUUAUUCAGAAUAAUGUGUUCUCAUUAAAUUCUGUUUCCUUUGCAUUUGAAAUGGUUUUCUAUUUGCUGCUGAAGAGCCUGUUUCUUGUUGACUAGGAGAGUAAGUAAUAUUCAAGUUAUUUCCAAAAGCUGCAGGAAGUUCAGGCUAUUUGUACAUUAAAAUAAUUCUCCAGUGCA